UGCCGUCGCGUCGUGUUGUUGACAAAGCAGCACGGUCGAUCAAACAAAAGUUGAUACUCGUUGUUCUGUUUACAUUAGUCAUUACUGUUCCCGGCGCUGGGCGUUAUCCUUAAUGCACAUUUUUAGGUACAUUCUUAUCAGUGGUGUUUCCAUUUGUCGCUAGGAGCCAGAAUCCGACUGCAAAUCAGAGGCCUGAAAAGCUAAAACUCAUAGGAAAAUAACUUCCCAACACCGAUCUGAGAACGAACGGUGCAGUUUCUUAUCGCAGUUUCUAGUUCAACACUGAGCGAUCGCUUUCUUCAGCAACAGUGAGGGUGAUUCAAUUCGGAUUUCUUUGUUGAUACCACUGGCCGAACCAUGGCGAUGUCGGAGGAACAACUCAUCCGGAUGCAGAGAAAACUCCCUAAGCACCGAAACCGCGUUGCGGCCUACCACUUCCAACUUCCGGCCUACAUGCGAAUGAUCCAUAGGUUCAAUGCAGCGAAACCAUCCCCGAUCAUGAAUUCGUACAUGGUAGUACACUUGGAAGCUCUGAUGGACUUGCUGAGCAAGGUAGCCGAUUUCGAUGGCUACCAACCGCCGGCACACGACGAGUUCGAUCUCCGCCAGUUGGACGUGGCUUUCUGUUUCGGCUGCAACCAUUGCAACAAAACGGGCUUCAAUGCCCGUCAAGUGCUUGAGCACGUUAUGAACGAUGACCACCCGGAAUUGCCCGGGUAUGCUAAAGGAAAGCUUAAACACUUCAGGCAAAAAACAAUGGACCGCUACGAUGCGUUCCUAUUCCGGAAGAAAGAGAUCAUGGCCAGCAAUGAUGUGUCGCUGCAUGUGUUAGAUCGAAUGAUCGAUUUCAGUCUGACUACUAAAAGUUUCCUCAAAAUGACCAGUCGCUUCUUGUCGUCGUUGGAUAUCCUGGAACGGGCACCGUCAACGAUUAUCGCACGCGGAGUCCUGGACCUGUUGGAUUCGAUCGAUGCAUUGCUCACGACAUCCAAAUGUGUCCAGUCGAUUCCGGAAUUCCACUCGAUAACGCAUCAGAUAGUGACGGGAGAGAUGAAGUUUGUCAGCAAGGGAAAAGCGUUUAGUGAUGUACAUGGUGCACUUGAACACGCAGUGUUCGAGGCAGGACUGCGGCAAGCACCAGCGGAACGAAACAUAUUUUCACUGCCUCAGAUGGUGAACAAGAAUCCGCCGCAAUGCUUGCCAAAUUUUGCAGUUCCGCCUCCAUUUCUUCCGGCGAUUCAAAUGAUGCCACCUCCGCCGAUGAUGAGUGCUUCGAUGGUACAGGUCGGUGUUAACAUGCAAGUUCUCAAUCUCGCCGCUCAUCACCAUCAUCAGCAGCAACAACAACAGAACUUCCGGAUGCAGCAAAUUCACCAACAGCAGCAACACCUUCUGUUCAAUCCGUCCUUGGUGAGAAUGGGUCCGAAUGUGCCUUCCCAGCCCCAAGUGGCCCAACAGCACAUGGCCUAUCAGCAGCGUACAGGCGCAGUUCAAUUGCCACCGUUGAAUCAAAGUGGCGCUGUGGGUUGCCCCGCGCUAAACCGUUGCUUGAUCAACUUUCUAGAGCAACCACAAUUGGACAGUCUGAUCGAGAAUGGUAAUGUGUUGAUCCAUUUCGACAAAUCCAGCGUUAUUCCCAGCGAGAUUAUUAGUGCCUUGAAAGAGGUGGCGCCAGCUGCUAGGGUGGAAUGUUUCGGCGCUAAAGUGUCUGGUAUUGGAUAUGAAGAUGAGAACGUCAAUCUCUACGUCGACAAUGCAAAGCAUCCGAAAACGUCGGACAACGUAAAAGAGAUGUUCGAGACACUGCAACGUUUCUUCGUGGCCAACGGUGACGAAUGGACGAUUCAGAACAUCCACGACGCAGACAUCCGGACGCACCUCACCGUGAAGAAUAACUGCGAAAACGUGUGCUGUCGAAUAACGUUCGCCAGCGAAAUCUACUGCUACAACACCAAACUGAUCCGCUACUACGCAGAGACUUUCCCCAUGUACCAGAAGCUAUGCUACUUCGUCCAGGAGUUUGUCAAGCUGAUCGACAUUGAUCUCCAUUGCUACAUCAUCGUCGUCCUUGUCUUGUUCUACAUGCAAAAGCGGGACUACCUACCGACGGUAGCUCAACUGCAAUCCAGGAUUACCGAAGAAAUAUAUAAUGGACAUUGGCUCAUCAACUUCGAGUCCCGCAAGCCCGAGAAACUCAAGCUGAAACAGAUGGAGAUGAAUCUUCGCAAUAUGGCUACCGACAUCUUCCUAUUCUACGGCAAGCAGUUCUCCUUCCAGGAAUCGGUCGUUUGUCCGCAGAUUGGCCUCGCCAUCAACCGGUCGGACUUUCUCCCCGAGAACAUGUGGCGAAUGUCGCUGAAACGCUACAAGGCCUACGUCGAGGAAUGUGUGGCCAGUGAUUCCGCGGAGCGGCGCGACAAUUUCCCACAGUUCGAUCUGACACCCAUGUGCGUACAGGAUCCGCUAGAGCUCACGUCGAACAUUGCCGCUUUGGUCAGCUCGACUGAUACCGGCAUAUUCGUUAACAUGUGCAAACUGGCGUACGAGUUUUACGUGAACAAUCCGUAGAAUUGUUCCUCUAAAUGUUAUUUUUCCGCUGUUUUCAUUGUUACACUAUACUGUUUUAUACUAUGAUCUAUAUUUUAACCUCGGCGAUCAUUUGAAUUGAAUUCUGAAUCGCGCAUGACUGAGUAAUGUACGUGUAAGGUACAUUUCCGUGAUAGAUACCGACAAACAUAAAGAAAUUUAAACAUAA